GUUUGUUUAAAACUGGUAGAUCUUUUCUGGUCUAUAUGUACAUACCCUGGUGCAAUAGGUACAAUUGAUAUACUAUAGGUAAUUCUUUCAAGCCUGUUUUCUUUUGAUGCUUUUUAAAAUGCUUGUCAUGAUUUUACAGUGACAUUUUUACUGGCGACAUGUUCGCACAAAGGGCUGCGAGGAUACGCCUUCAAGUAUUAUUGUCGAGAUGUGCGCCUCUAACUCGAACCACCGAGUCAUUCCCUCCUAAGCAUCUAUGGCGCAGAAACUGUUCAUCGCAUGCCACAUCCGAACCCCCACCGAAACCGCUCGCGGACCAUCGACAACUAGGCAUCCAACAGGAGCUUUUCACAACAUCAAUCUAUAGUCCCGGUUCGCCUAUUCUACUACCCCACGGCGCGCGGAUCUACAAUCGCCUUGUCGAGUUUUUGCGGAAGCAAUAUGUACGAUAUGGAUUCGACGAGGUCAUCACCCCCACCAUCUACAAGAAAUCCUUGUGGGAGAAGUCGGGCCACCUAGAAAACUACGCCGAUGAUAUGUUUACGGUGACCAGCAUGUCACAUUCGCGAAGCGAUAGUACCGAACCAAAUGACGGGGAGGACGAAUAUGGGCUUAAACCCAUGAAUUGCCCAGGUCACUGCCUAAUAUUUGCAUCCCAGAAACGAAGCUACCGACAGUUGCCUAUUCGAUACGCCGACUUCUCCCCAUUGCAUCGAAACGAAGUAUCUGGAGCAUUAAGUGGAUUGACAAGAGUACGACAGUUUCACCAAGACGACGGUCACAUUUUCUGUCGACCCAUACAAAUCGAAGAGGAAAUCCGAAAGACACUGGACUUUGUGCGUGUAGUCUACUCCACCUUCAAAUUAGGCCCUUAUCGUUUGGCUUUAUCGACGCGCCCGGCGGAGCACUACAUUGGAACUAUUGAGGAUUGGGAGGGCGCCGAGGGUGCACUCAAGAGGGCAUUGGAUGCGUCCGGUCAAGAAUGGGUUAUAAAUGAAGGCGAUGGCGCCUUCUACGGACCCAAGAUCGACAUCAUUUUGAGAGACUCGAACGGAAAGGAACAUCAAACCGCCACGAUACAGCUAGACUUCCAGCUGCCAAAACGAUUCCAGUUGGAAUAUGUAGCGCCAGCGCCUGAAUUCGAGCGACGUGGAGAAACUACAACGGACCCGGACAAACUAGGAGUUGUUGGGUCGGUAACCCCUGUUCUAAUUCACAGGGCCGUGUUAGGCUCAGUAGAGAGGCUUAUGGCCUUGCUCAUUGAACACUACGACGGCAAGUGGCCGUUCUGGCUAAAUCCAAGACAGGUAAUGAUAGUAACGGUCAACGACAGUGAGCCAGUAGUGGAAUUUGCUAGAUCAACCCAAGAUAUCCUGAUGGGCCGGGAUGGGUCAGCUGACGACCCGGUCACCACGCCCUCCCAACUCCUGGUUGACAUUGACGAUGCCCCAAGAAGCCUUGCGCUCAAAGUGCGCCAAGCUAAAUUGAAGGGAUACAGCGUCAUUGUGACCGUUGGUCCGAAGCAGUUACCGCAGGGUUUGAUAACGGUCGACAUGUCACGAUUCGAGGACGAGGAAAGUUCGAAGAUCAAUAUGCAACAGAUGGCGCCUAAAGCUUUACUCGAACUCCUCAAAACUAAGGCUGAUUCGUAUCACUGAUGGAGGGUAUAAUCUCUAUAGCAAUAACCAAAUUCACUUCCAGUCGGAAUUAUUGCCUACCCAUCUUGUAAAUCUUCCGCUAGAUCUCCCCUCUUCCCUAACUAUCAUCAUCUAGAUCAUGACUCCUUGCAUUUCCGCGCAUUUCCUUCUGUCGUACUUCUUCUCUUUCUAAAACCCUAACUGGCCUAGAAUAUCGAAUUGGUAAGCAUUGCACAAUGGUCGAGACAACCUAACCUAGUAGGGAAUAAGGCACAAGAGAGAAAGGACAGCUUACUCUUUAAGAUGUUCUGGUACCG